AGGUUAUAUCCACCCUCCCCUCCUCCUCCUCCCUGAGCUGGGAUGGAUGGAGUUGCUGGAGGUGUGGGUACCCCCAGCAGUGCUGGGGGGUCUGGGGGUGACAGCCUUCCCAGACGAGGGGACUCAAAGCGGCGCAGUAAAGGCAGCCUUCCUUCCCCAGGAUAUAGGCUGUCCCAAGCCUCUCUGGAGGGGGAGAGGGGCUCCUUUGGGGCAGACAGUUCCUCCUCAGGUGGACGUGGCCGUCGCCUCUCCAUCAUGAGCUCUUCCACCCGAGAUGGCCUUCCCUUUCGCACAGCCGGCACCCCAACAACCCCCGUGCCCCUGCCGCUUCCACCCAGCUCCUCAUCUGCCACAGCCCACCCUCCUCCUCGCUCAGUGGGCUUCGCCACUUCACGUGCUGCCCUGGCCUCCACCUCUUCUGCUGGGACAGGAGUGAUGGUGGUGGCCACUGGCCCAGAGACCACCACAACCACUGCAUGCAACACCACAGCAGCAGGGACCCCUGAGAUGGUUGGUCAGUCCGCCCUGGGUGGAUUUGGGAUGGGGCUGGAUGGAGAGGACUACAGCGCCUCCAACCAGAGCACCUUCAUCCAGAGACAGUUUGGAGCCAUGCUACAGCCAGGGGUCAACAAGUUCAGCCUGCGCAUGUUUGGAUCCCACAAAGCUGUGGCUCUGGAGCAGGAGCGACUCAAAUCAGCAGGGGCGUGGAUCAUACACCCCUACAGCGACUUCAGAUUCUACUGGGACCUGUUGAUGUUGCUGUUGAUGAUGGGGAAUUUAAUCAUCCUUCCAGUGGGCAUCACUUUCUUCAGAGAUGAGAACACGCCCUCGUGGAUCAUCUUCAACGUGGUCUCUGACACUCUCUUCAUGGUCGACCUGGUCUUAAACUUCAGGACCGGCAUCAUUAAAGAGGACAGCACUGAGAUAUUACUGGACCCAAGGGCGAUUCGUCAGAACUACCUGAAGAGUUGGUUCCUUGUGGACUUUGUGUCAUCAAUCCCAGUGGACUACAUCUUCCUCAUGGUGGACAGUCUGGACUCUGAGGUCUACAGGACAGCCAGGGCACUACGUAUCGUCCGCUUUACCAAAAUCCUGAGUCUGCUUCGACUGCUCCGCCUGUCCAGACUCAUCCGUUACAUCCACCAGUGGGAGGAGAUCUUCCACAUGACGUACGACCUUGCCAGUGCCAUGGUGAGGAUAGUUAACCUCAUUGGUAUGAUGCUGCUGCUUUGUCACUGGGAUGGCUGUCUCCAGUUCCUGGUCCCCAUGCUGCAAGACUUUCCACCUGACUGCUGGGUCUCCAAGAAUCUGAUGGUGAACGACACGUGGGGUGUACAGUACUCCUAUGCUCUGUUCAAAGCAAUGAGCCACAUGUUGUGCAUCGGGUACGGCGCCCAGGCUCCUGAAGGAAUGACAGACGUGUGGCUGACCAUGCUCAGUAUGAUCGUCGGUGCCACCUGCUAUGCCAUGUUCAUCGGCCAUGCCACUGCUCUCAUUCAGUCACUUGACUCCUCUCGACGGCAGUACCAGGAGAAGUACAAGCAGGUGGAGCAGUACAUGUCAUUCCAUAAACUUCCUGCAGAUGUUCGGCAAAAAAUCCAUGAGUACUACGAGCACCGCUUUCAGGGGAAAAUGUUUGAUGAGGAGAACAUCCUGGGAGAACUCAGUGAGCCACUCAAAGAGGAGAUUGUCAGCUUUAAUUGCCGCAGCUUGGUGGCUAACAUGCCGCUGUUUGCCAAUGCUGACCCCAACUUUGUGACUGCCGUGCUGACCAAGCUACGCUUUGAAGUUUUCCAACCUGCAGAUUUCAUCAUCCGUGAGGGCACUGUUGGAAGAAAGAUGUACUUCAUCCAACACGGACGGGUCAGUGUGCUGACACGUGGCAACAAGGAAACUAAGCUGAGUGAUGGCUCUUACUUUGGAGAGAUCUGUUUACUGACUCGUGGACGGAGGACAGCCAGUGUCCGUGCAGAUACGUACUGCCGUCUGUAUUCUCUCAGUGUAGACAGCUUUAAUGAGGUGUUGGAGGAACAUCCCAUGAUGCGACGUGCUUUUGAAACUGUUGCAGUUGACCGACUGGAUCGUAUUGGGAGGAAGAAUUCUAUGCUCCUGCGGAAGUCCUCCCAGGCUGGUUCUCUGGGGGGCAGUAUGGGUCGUGGAGGCCGGGGUGGAGGUGCUCCAGGAGCUGGAGGCCUUGCAGCAAGCGGUCUUGGCUCCUGUGACAGCAUACUGGUGCAACAGAUUGUCAAACAUGACAGCAUGCCUGCCAUGCAGGAUGCUAUAGCAGCUGCCGCUGCAGCGGGAAGAGGUGGAGUCAUGGGAGGAAGUGGCACCGUCUCUCCUCGGCCACGUCCGGUCAUUUGGGCACCGUUGGUUCAUGCCCCCCUGCAGACAGCUGCCGCCACCAGUAAUGUAGCUAUCGCCCUCAUGCAUCAGCAGCAACAACAACAGCAGCAGCUCCAGCAGCUGCAGCAGCAGCAUGCACUUGGAGGCGCUUUCUUCCUGCCCUCCCCUCUUAUCUCUCCAUCCCCUUCCUCCUCUUUCCCCCUUUCCCCUCCACGUGCACCUGUGUUACAACCGCUUCGCCCCUCUGUGAGCUCUCUGAUCGGGAUGAUGGCUAUUGGUGGGAUGGGUGGAUUGUCUCCAAGAGCCUUUCCUCUCUCUCCCUCAACCAUGGGGCCUCCUGGUGGGGUCACAUCACCACCAAUUGCUAAAACUCCACCUACACCUGCCUCUUCAGUCCCAACUUCUGUCCAGCAGGGAAGGACUCUCCAUUAUAGCCUCCGCCUCCAGGCUGAUCAUCCUACAGUGAUUCCUGGACAGCUGGGAACUCCUACAGGUGGACCACAAACUACCCCCAUCCACAAGGUACCUACCACAAACCCGCCUGCUGCCCCAGGUGUACCUUCAGAUGGUAGCACUUCUGUGGCCGGCCAACAGGGAGCAAAAGAAGCUCUUUUACGUCAUGGGGCAAAUAGCUCUCAAGGUCUGCCAGCGCUGGGCAGGCUCACCCAGGAAGCCCGGCUGCUGUCGGCCUCACAGCCCACCCUGCCUCACCGCUCCUGGGUUGGGGUUCAGCCUCAUCCACCCCUGCAUAGGAAGGCCUCUGGUGGAAAUUUACUGGCAGCCCCUUUCCUGGCAGGGCAGUUAAACAGGGGAAGCAGUGCAGGAAUGCUGACAUCUAAUGCACCAGUUCAGUUGGUGACAAAUAUACCGUUUAAUGCACAAGCACAACCACAGGCCACAGUGCCUGUUCCUCCCACCCUAGCACAGGCUGUCUCUGCAAACACAGCCACAUGCACACAGUCCGCCCUUCAUACUGCCUCUGUACCCAUACAUACAGCUGCACACUUGCCUUCUGCUACUUUGUCAUCUUCCUCCCCUCCAAAGCAGACCCAGCUCUCCUCUGCCACCUUUUCUCCUGCACCUACCCCCUCUUCUCCAACACCUAUUCUCACCCAAACACCUCGCCCUAAACCAAUCCCAAUGACCCCUUCUGGCUCUUCUUCUCCCCCCAUUUGCUCCACACCUCCUUCAGCAGGAACAAACACACUGCUGCUGUCAUCAACUCCACGUCCCAAACCAAUCCACACACCUUCUCCCCGCUCAUCCUCCCCCUCUCCUUCAUCCACACCACCUCCAUCUUCUGUUUCUAGCCCUGUUCCACUGCCUCAAACUUAUGGGUCCAAAUCAUCUCUUACUUCCUCUUCUCCACCUUCGUCCUUGACUUCUUCCCCACCACAUCCUCAGAGCCCCAGAGCCAAGGCAUCUAACACACCUCCUUCUGCUUCUCCCUUGUCUGGCUCCAGUCCUGCCCAGACCCCCAUACCUUCUCCGAUACAAACUCCCAAUCCUCGUAGCCGCACUUCAACCCCUUCCCAAACUCCUACCCAAACCACUACACCCGUAACUCCCACAAAGACUCCCACCACUACACUUUCCCCCUCUUCAAUCCCUGUUUCACCUGUUCCCUCCUUAAGUAAGUCCCAAAGUCCAACCCCUUGUCUCCAGCCAUCUGCCUCCAGAGGUCCUACUUCGAGUCAGAUCCCUAAACAGGCCUCACCUCUGACCCCAACCCAAAGUGCUUCUCCUUCUCCAACCCCAUCCAGCACCAGCCCUUCGACUAAAAUAACUUUCUCAGUUCAUCUUGUAAAUCAAACCCCUGCUGUCGUUACGGUAAGCCCUUCUUUAAGCUCAAGUCAUUCCAUCAAACCAACCACAACGAUAACCUCACCCUCAACAGCUUUAAGCCCAAACCCAAGCUCAUCUAGCCCUUCCUCACUUAAUAUCCCCCCUUCUGCCAUCCCCACCUCUCCUGGUAUCAAGUCUGCCACUGCCAACCCCCCAAAACAAACACCUACCACCACAGCUGCCCCUAUUCACUCAUCAAAACUCAAAUCGCCUUCUACACCUGCCCAGACCUCUCAGGCAUCUACCCCUACACCCACUCAGUCUGCACAUGCAGCCACCCCUGCCAACAACACUUCCCCUAAAGGUGGGAAAAAGGACCCUCAGCUGCCACUUGCCAGAAAAGACUCAGAAGGACUAAGACACAAACUUCCAGCAAACAUGUAAGAAGAAAUCUUGCAGGAUGUCCAUGAGCCAUUGAUAUUCAGUUUUACAAGAGCUGGCACCAGACAUCAGAUUAUCUCAAGUGGACAGGUACAUCUUGUUUGCAUUCAAUCUAGGAUGUGAUUGUCGUAGAACAUCAGGUGUACAUGUGACUCUUCACCAAGCCAUCAAUAACUAAGAAAGACUUAAGGGUCUGACGAUAGUAGAGUCUAAAAUACAUACAAAUGUAAACAUACAUAUCUGUGUAAGUGAUUGUUGGAGCAAGCAAGGGAGCUGAAGUGGAAACAAUAUCAACAGAAAAAUGGAUAGAAGCAAUAGAGUCAGAAAAUACUGCAUACAAGCGGAAAACAUCCAUUUCCUUGACAAGAAAGCAAUACAUGUAGAGCAUUUGAGACUCAUAAUGUGACAGGAAAUGACCCUGACUAUGACAAUAAUACAUGUGAGACAAAAAUGGCCUUUCAUCUGUGAGGAAGAAAGUCUGGUGUGAUGUCAAUUUGAAAACACAGGAAAUUGACCACAUUGACAUGGCUGCCAUUUUCCUCUGAAGUGGUGAACAGAGUGGUAACCCCAACUGAUUCAAAAUCUUGCACUACUGUGUUACAAGUUCUGAUUGUCAAUUAUCAAAAGGAGAAGAGAAGGAUAUCAAGCCACAUUUUAGCAUGAAACAACAUUUUUUCAUUGAUUACCAUUAACAAUAACCACAGCCACCAGUGUGUGUGUGGGGAAAAUAAAGUAGAAUAAACAGAAAUAACUUUAAGGGAAAAGUAAUUGAAUAAUUGCAAAAAGAAAAAGGCAAAAAACUGGCAAAAAUGGGAUAAAAAU